GUCCUCAACAAAUUAAAGCAAACAGCAAUAUGGAAGCUGAACUUUCCUAUCUCCUAACUCUUGUACUCCUCCCUCUCUCCCUUUCACUCAUCUUCUUCCUCCGAAAGCGCGGUUCGCCCGGCCGGAAUGUCCCUCCGGGCUCCGGCGGAUGGCCGGUGGUCGGAGAAAACGUGGAUUUUGCCAUGUUAGGGCCGCAGAGGUUCAUCAAGGAGAGGAUGGAGAAGCACUCGCCGGAGGUGUUCCAGACGUCGAUUUUGGGGGAGAAAAUGGCGGUGUUUUGCGGCGCUCAGGGGAACAAGUUCUUGUUCACGAACGACGGCAAAGUGCUGACGUCAUGGUGGCCGGAAUCCAUGAAAAAGGCGCUGCUCUUCCCGGAGUUUUAUAAAAACUCGUUGAAAGAGGUCUCCGCCCUCCAGAGAGGAUUCCUGCACGAUAUCCUCAAGCCGGAGGCGUUAAAACAGUAUAUUCCGGCGAUGGAUUCCUUGGCCCGGGAACAUAUGGCGGCCGACUGGAAGCCAAACGACGUCGUAAAGGUCUUCCCGCUCGCCAAAAACUACACCUUCGAGCUCGCCUGCCGCCUCUUCAUGAGCAUCGCCGACCCCGACCACAUCAAAAAACUGUCGGACCCUUUCCUCCUCGUCACCAACGGGAUGUUCUCCGUGCCCAUAGACCUCCCCGGGACGGCGUACAACGGCGCCAUUAAAGGCGGGAAGAUGGUGAGGGACGAGCUGAUGAGGAUCAUCACGGCGCGGCGGCGGGAGUUGGCGGCGGCGGCGGCGGGGAGAGAUUUGCUGUCGAAAAUGCUGCUGGUGAAGGACGAGAAUGGAAGGGAGAUGAGCGAGAUGGAGAUCUCGAAUAAUAUUAUAGGGAUGCUGGUGGCGAGCUAUGAGACAACUAGCAGCGCCGUCACCUUUGUUUUGAAGCACCUGGCUGAUUUUCCCCAUGUUUAUGAUGCUGUUCUCAAGGAACAAAUGGAGAUUGCAAAGACAAAAGGGGCAGAUGAGUUGCUAACAUGGGAAGAUAUUGAGAAGAUGAAAUAUUCUUGGAAUGUUGCUCGAGAAUCACUUAGGGUUACCCCUCCUGCACAAGGGGCUUUUAGGGAAACCACAACUGAUUGUACUUUUGCUGGCUUCACAAUUCCAAAGGGCUGGAAGACAUUUUGGACGGUGCAUUCAACACACAAGAACCCAAAAUACUUUCCAGAUCCUGAAAAGUUUAACCCGUCCAGGUUCGAGGGGAGUGGUCCGGCACCCUACACGUUUACCCCGUUCGGAGGAGGUCCCAGGAUGUGUCCAGGAAAAGAGUAUGCUCGUCUAGAAGUGUUGGUGUUCAUGUACAACGUUGUCACAAGGUUCAAACUCGAGAGAGCAAAUCCCAAUGAGAAGAUUGUGUUCCAUGCUUCUCCUACCCCAGUUGAAGGCCUCCCCGUUCGCCUCAUUCCCCAUCAAAAUAUUCAAGCUUAGUAUGGUCUCUAAUUUGUGUGUCCAAAAAUCCUCCAUUCUUCGAUCUUCGAUCUUUAUUUUACAAUCAGCAUGGUAUGGUCGUCCCAGCAUAAAGAGAAAUAUAAUCACUCAUAAUUUGAUCUUCUUCGUUUUAAAAUUAGCAUAGUCUCUGCGCAUCAAGAAAUCGCCUUCCUCAAUUUUCAAAUCCAAUAAAGCCUUUGUCUAAUCGUUGCAAUAAUAUAUGUUUAUGUUGUUCGUAUUCAUUGUUUGUUAUGUAAUUAUGAUGUUGGAAAGUUU